AUGGACUCUCAUCCACGAGAAGUCGUCACCUUAAUCUUGACCAAUGGAGACGCUCUUGAUGUCAACCAAUAUUGGGUUCCUUCUUUCACAGCAUCAGGAAUUAUGCCUUACGUUUAUACUCCUCUAAGCGGAAGCGUAGCCCGGAAUGCAUGGCCCACACUCGGUUCAAUGAUUUCGAGUGGCAAACGACUUGUGGUCAUUAUGGAUUAUCCUACAAAUUCUGGAGGCGUACCCUGGAUCAUCAGUGAAUUCAAAAACCUGUGGGAAACACCAUUUAGCCAGAUUGAUGCGAACUUUCCAUGCAAAGUAGACCGCGUGAAUGGGAGUCCCAACGAAAAGAUGUACAUGAUCAACCACAGCCUCAAUUAUAAAUUCCUGGGUAGCGACGAUAUCAUAGUCCCUGAUCGAGCCAAGGCACCCACGACAAACUCGGUUGUUUCGAUCAUGGCACAUGCUAGAGGUUGCGCACCCUUGGGAGAGGGCCUUUGGCCCACAUAUGUCCUUCUAGACUGGGUCGACAAGGGAGACCCGUGGACCGCGCUAAAACAAUUCAAUCGAGUAUAA